UUUAGGCGGUAGCAGCAGAAUAGCAGUGAUGGAGAAGCCCAGGAAGCAAGUGCUUCUCUUCUCCUGCGUAGAAUCUGAAGAUCUUGCCCGGAAAGUCGCUGCUCAGACUGAUUGUAUCCAACUUCAGUCCAUAAAUUGGAGGAGCUUUGAUGAUGGGUUCCCAAACCUUUUCAUUAAUAAUGCACAGGAUAUCCGAGGUCAACAUGUUGCUUUCAUGGCAUCUUUCAGCUCCCCAGCUGUUAUCUUUGAGCAGCUUUCUGUCAUAUUUGCUCUGCCUCGGCUGUUUGUUGCUUCCUUUACAUUGGUUUUACCAUUCUUUCCUACUGGUUCUUUUGAGCGCAUGGAAGAGGAAGGAGACGUUGCAACUGCAUUUACAAUGGCACGGAUAUUGUCAAAUAUACCCAUAUCAAGGGGUGGUCCAACUAGUCUAGUCAUCUAUGAUAUACAUGCUUUACAGGAAAGAUUUUAUUUUGGGGAUCAUGUUCUGCCUUGUUUUGAAACUGGUAUCCCUUUGUUGAUACAACGUCUGCAUGAGCUCCCUGAUGCUAAUAAUGUCUGCAUUGCAUUUCCAGAUGAUGGAGCAUGGAAAAGAUACUACAAGCAAUUGCAGCACUUUCCCAUGGUUGUAUGCACAAAGGUUCGUGAAGGUGAUAAGCGGAUAGUUCGCCUCAAGGAGGGAAAUCCAGCUGGUCACCACGUAGUCAUUGUUGAUGACUUGGUGCAGUCAGGAGGAACCCUCAUUGAGUGCCAGAAAGUUUUGGCUGCUCAUGGUGCUGCAAAGGUUAGUGCUUAUGUCACCCAUGCAGUAUUUCCUAAGCGAUCCUUUGAGCGUUUUACUCAUAAUGAUGAGAACUCAGAGAAAGCAUUUACCUACUUCUGGAUCACGGAUUCAUGCCCCCUUACUGUGAAGGCCAUAGCAAAUAAGUCGCCUUUCGAAGUUCUGAGUCUUGCAGGAUCCAUUGCAGAAGCCCUUCAAAUCUGAAAUGAAUAUAAAGGGGCUCACUCUUGAGUUAUGGUUGAAAUUAAUCUGACGUUGACUUAUAGAGGUUGGGAGGCAAAUUAAUUCUAUUCACCAUCUUUGAGGAGUUUAUCAUUGACAAAUAGUCCUACAUUUUCGUUUAAUAAGAUUCAUUAGUUAUCCAUCAUCAUCUGCAAUAUGCAGACAACAGUUAAAGAGGUAGUUUCAUGUAUGUGUUGUUGUAUCUCAAACUAAAUAGCUCUGUUAAUUAUAAUUGUUUUAGUUGAAUCUUGGUUUUCAA